UUGGGUGCGACUCGUAGGCGACGUGGGAACGCCGGCAACCGGAGCGUCGAGGGAGGACCACACUGGGGAGUGUGGGGCGGUGUUGCUUCUCACGCAACUUUUGUCGUCAGGGACCUUUGAAAAAGCUCGACCGCUGGGCCUUUCUUUCGUUUCCUCAAAUUACACCCAUGUCCGAAGCUUCCAGCCUUCCCCCUGCCGCAAAAUGGUGCUGGCUGACUCAGCUCUGUGAGGUCCCGAGUGUGUCACAGGGCUUUCGGGUAAAUUUGUGGAGAUUGACUCCAGAUAAUUUUCUAGGUAUUUAAAUAUCAGUAUACUCAGUUCAAAACAGGUGACUUGGUUGCCGGCUUCGCCGGUUCUUACCUGGCCUUGAACUGACGCGCAGCAACUUUGACUUUGGUUUGUCUUUUAAAUCACAAAUACAAGAUCUUUAAAAAUCACAGUACACUAGCUUAUUAUUUGGUAACUGAUUAGCAUUUCUGUCAGAUUAAAAAAGUCAGAACAGACUUUAAACAGCUUCUUUAGCCUCUGAAUUUACAAGCAGAGAAAAAAGUGCAGCUCAAAGAAGUUGGGGAUUUAACCAGAUCAAGACUAGAAGCCGGCCUACCUCCUGUCUCUUCGUCCCUCUGCCCCAUCCUCACACUUCUCAUGUGUUUCUGUGUAGAGUUUUAAAAAGUUUUCAUCAGUAUGCAGAGAAAAUGGUAAAAUCACCAGAGUCUUGUGAAAAUGUAGCCAUUAAAUCCCUCAAUCUAUUCCAGUUUCAGUUAAACAGAAGAGAUGCCAGGUAAAGGUUGUUAGCUGCUUGUUUACACACAUACAUUGGAACAAAUCCAUACAGUAACAGGAAUAGAAAUCACAUAUUUUAAACUAAAAUACUCGGUUUCCUCAUGAUCUCUUGAAGGAAAGAUAAAAUGAGGUUAAGAAAGUUUUGCCAGGUAGACUUGGGAUAUAGUUUCAAAGAAUUAGUCUUAGUUUUAUAAGCUUGAAAUGAGAACUAGCCCCUUAGAUUGUUUAUCUGUACACGAGUCACCCUCUAGAAGAGAUCUUUAGUUUUUGAGAAAGAUGGUUUGGAGUCAAUUCUUAACAUUUUUGAACAACAGCAUUCGCAGCUGCAUAGAUGUACCCAGCCAUCAUGCAGACCCCAGCAACCCAGCUCUGCCCUCAAUGAGUAUUUUUGAUGCUGUCAGCACAAGCACCGUGAAACUGACUCUAAAAAGGAAGACUCUCAAGGAUUUUAAUUAGUGACGUGCUGAAUCCAGCCUCCUCGUCAGAGGAGCUAUAAGGUGAACUGCAGGAAGGUCCAGCCCUGUACACGUGGGGCAGAGGCAGCAGAGAGGCGGGAGAGGCUCCAGCCUACUCUCUGUGCAGCCCUUGCGAGGAUGUCUCCCAGCCUUCAGGAGGAUGCUCAGCUCGGCGAAGGCAAACCCCCGCCUUGCUCCUUUUCGAUUGAGAGCAUUUUGGGACUGGACCAGAAGAAAGACAGUGUUCCAUCAGUGAAACCUCACAGGCCCUGGGCAGACACCUGCAGCUCCUCAGGGAAAGAUCAUCAGCGUUGUCUGCAGGUCCCCAAACUUCCCAGUGGGACCUCCUUCCCUUGUUCUGUGUAUCACCCAAUGCCAGAAGAAAGAAUUUUGAGAUAUGAAAACUCCUUUUCACCCUCGGAAGGACUGUCUUUGAAAAGAGAAUUGAGUUGGUACAGAGGCCGAAGACCAAGAACUGCUUUUACUCAAAACCAGAUUGAAGUGUUGGAAAAUGUCUUUAGAGUAAACUGCUAUCCUGGCAUUGAUAUCAGAGAAGACUUAGCUCGAAAGUUGAGCCUAGAGGAAGACAGAAUCCAGAUCUGGUUCCAAAAUCGGCGUGCAAAGCUGAAAAGGACCCAUAGAGAAUCACAGUUUUUAAUGGCGAAAAAAAAUUUCAGCACAAAUCUCCUGGAACAGAUAGAAACUAAAUCUGUGAAAUUAUCUUCCAGUUGCAGAACAUCGAGAAUCAAUGGAAAUACCAAGCGUUAAAAAUAUGUUUCUUUUCUGUAUUUAAUCUGAAUAUUGUCAUUUUUAAAAAAUAUGUUAUGAAUAAUUACUAUUAUAACAUGGUCCAUAUUAUAUUUGGGCACUUUUAGUUAAGAUAAAGGCCUUUCCUGUCUAUUUUAAUAAACAUUUUCAGAAAAAGCCAUCUAUUUUUUUAAGCAAGCAAAUUUAAUCUUGUAAAUUAGUUUACUAAAAUCAGUAAACUCAUGACUAAGUGACUUCACAAGUUGGAUUCCAUUUAUAAACUAUAUCUGAAGAAUAGCACAAAGGUGUCAUUUGUUUCAAUUUGUUUGUUUCCAGGAACAUUUGAAACAUGUUUAUGCUUAAAUAUAUUACAGAAUAUGAUUUAUUCAUGAAUCUUGGGUUUCUCUUGAUUUGUAACAUAAAGCAGUGAGAAUGCCUUACCAUAUAUCAAAACAAAGCCUCUGCCAGUUUCAAGUUUUUUUUUUUUAAAAAAGCAAAGCAAGUAUGUCAAAAUGCACGUAUAAAAACAUCAGCUGUCAUAUUCAUACCAUCUUAAUGACAUUACGUAAAAAUAAUUAAGAUGCAAAUAAAUGCAAAUUUUUUAUUUUUUUUAGUACGUUUAAUGUUGCACUUUCAUUCAUUAAAGUGGUGAUCAUCAUCUGGCUUGCAUCUAUUUUCAAUUUAAUGAUUUGCAACCAACUGUGUAUUUUGUUACAAGUAUUACCUUGGCUGAAAAGGUAGGAUAAGCGACCUGCCUUUUGUAUGUGCUCCAGCAUAGUCACUGGAAAUAAUCAGGGCACUUUCUGUGAAACAAAAAUAGUGUGUUUGCUUGGCAUUUGCCAUUUCCCAUUGCAUCCGCCAAUUAAAUAUGGGAAUAGGACAAGAUGCAUGACAAGACAGGAGUCCUCUCCACUGGACGUCUGGGCAUUGUUUUCUAGUUGACUGAAGGCCUAAGCGGGUCUCCUUGUGCAAUGUUAGCUUGAGAGGGCUUUGUCUACUGGCAGCAGUAUUUCAACUUCAUUCUUGAGAACUGAAUUGUACCUUGCUUUCUUUUUCUUUUUUUCCUAUUUCUUUGUCCUUCCUUUCUCUCCCAGUGAUGACCUGAGUGGAAGGUGCUUACUUAUUUAUUUUUUGUAGGUUUUUCUUUUUAAAGCAAGAAAGCUUGGAGGGAGGAAGCACAUAACUUGAGGAAAAGCAGCUUGACUCAGAUUUUAGAGAUUUUAAAAAUCAUUUACUGAGUGACAUUUGGGAGAGAGCUCUGUGUCUCAACAAUUGGUCAACCAUAACCUGCUCUUAUUUUGUUCCACUAUUGCUGAGAUAGGCACCCUGGUAAUGCAGGGGUUAAGUGUUGGGCUGCUAACCAAGAGGUUGCUGGUUGGAACCCACCAGCUGCUCCUAGAGAGAAGGAUGUGGUAGUCUGCUUGCCUAAGGAUUACAGCCUUGGAAACCCUACAGGGCAGUUUUCCCUUAUCCUUAUAGGGUCACUAUGAGUUGGAAUCGACUCAACAGCAACGAGUUUGGUUGGUUUUGGAUUUGCUGAGAUGGAGGAGGAAAAUGAGGAAAAGUAGGGUAGCAGGGUAGUAACAGGAAGAGCAGAGACAUUAAAUUUUGUAUUAAUAAAAGUGGCUUUUUGGAAAAAAUGGCAGAGUCUGACAAUAAAGAUUUUCAUAGAAAACAUUUAAUGUCUCUGAUCUUCCUGCGAAAUAAAUUAGUCAAAACCUAUCCACCAGGAGUUUUCUUUGCUCUCCAUUUUGCUUCUGUGAAACUGGAAGUCCCCAGGAAUAGGCUUCAGGAGUAUAACCCAGUGCAGUGGAGUUGAUUACGGCUCACAGUGACCCUACAGGACAGAGUAGAACUGCCCCAUAGGGUUUUCAAGGAGCGCCUAGUGGAUUCCAACUGCUGACCUUUUGGUUGGCAGUGGAACUCUUAACCAUUGCACCUCCAGGGUUUCCUUAGGAGGAUGGGGGGUGGAAAAUGUCACUCACGUCGUUUUCAAAUAGCCUUUUAUUUUAUUCCCAAAAGUAAAGUUUAAAAAAGUAUGAACAAUUCCAGCAGAAUAGAAGAAUACUAAAAUCUCCCUCCAAUCUCAUCCUUCUGAGGUAAUCAUGACCAUUUUUCAAGAUCUUUUUGAGUAUUUAUAAACACGUACAGAGGAGCCCUGGUGGCGCAGUGGUUAGGAGCUCAGCUGCUAACUGAAAGGGUGGUGCUUGGAGCCCACCACCAGCCCCUUGGGAGAAAGA